UGCAGGAUGCCAAGGGAGCUGCUCUCUCUAGCCUUUCACCGGGCUGUCUUUGCAGAAUUCCUGGCCACUGCAAUCUUCGUCUUCUUUGGCCUGGGCCCAGUGCUGGAUUGGCCAGAGCCGCCCUCCGUUCUGCAGACUGCCAUCACCUUCAACUUGGCUGCAGCCACCACCGUCCAGAUAGCCUGGCACGCCAGCGGAGCUCACCUCAACCCGGCAGUAACCGUGGCCUUCCUGCUUGGCUCCCGCAUAUCGCUGGUGCGGGCGGCCUGCUAUGUAGUUGCCCAGCUGGCCGGAGGCAUCACUGGGGCAGCCACCCUUUAUGGAGUGACCCCUGGGACUGUCCGAGGAAAUUUAGGCAUCAACAGGGUGGCGAUCAACAUCUCAUCCGGACAAGCUGUGGCCGUUGAGCUCAUUUUGACCCUGCAGCUGGUUCUGUGCUAUUUUGCUUCCACCGACAGCAGAAGCAAAGGCUCUUCUCCCGCUAUCAUGAUUGGCGUCUCAGUCGCCCUGGGCCACUUAAUUGGGCAUUACUUCACCAGCUGUUCCAUGAAUCCAGCCAAAUCUUUUGGUCCUGCAGUUAUAUUUGGGAAGUUUCAUAACCACUGGAUAUUCUGGGUGGGACCCCUGGCUGGUGCAAUCCUAGCAUCUGUGCUUUAUAACUUUGUUCUUCACUAUGACCCAAAGACCUUUGCACAACGACUGGCGAUUCUCAAAGGCAGCUAUGAUGCGGAACACUUGGAAAAGGAUGGGGGCCAGCAGACAGAAUCGGUAUCAUUGCCCACUCUUGUCCAUAGACUAUAGCCUCCUAGUGUCCCAUGGAAGAGCAACAAUGGCCUGUCCCGUUUUAGGAAGGGUUCAGUAAGAAACCAAACCUAUGGGCAAGUUAUUCUGUCACUGGCCACUAGAGGGCUCCAAGUGCCUUUUUUUAUGAAGUGAAUGGCCUCCGGUGGGUACAAUGUAGUUGGAUGUAUAUGCACUGCCAAGUGCCAGAUUUGCACGGACUCUUUUAGCAGGAGGAAUGCCAGACAGUAGGAACUGUUUUGUGGUGCUUUAUGACCAAUGGGAUGCUCGGAGACAUUGCACAAGUGUGUACAUGCAGUUGAUGGGUGAAGAGGAAACCACUUCAGAGGCCCGUCAAUUGCUCCCUAACGUGAAUGUGAAUACUCCAGUAACAAUGGCAUAAAUUGGUGCUCUUAAGGUUUAAGCCUGCAGCCCUCCAUGCAAAACCAGCCAGAGGGUAAGCAGUAAAUACUAAUAAAGAGAAAUUUGACUGCCGAUGGGGCCUCACCAGAUGAACAGAUCCUUUUACCAAUGCAAUGCCUUACACAGUAUAAAUCGCUACAUUUUGCACAAUGCCAACUUGUACAUUGCACCAGCCUCAUUCUCUACUCUACUGUGGAACAAGGAUCAGAGACUUUUGAGUGUAAUUAUUGGCAGAUGGAGACCUUUCACACCUGGUGCUCUUCAUUAUGGGCUGUAUCCAAUGUCAGGCAAACUCAGGACAGGUGGUGCACUGAAAUUAAUGGACAUGACUAACUUUGAGUGUUAUUCAUUUCAGUGGCUCUAAUCUGAGUAAAACUUGGGUGAAUGCAACCCUAUUCUUCCAGGAGGAGCUUCUCUCUGUAUGAGACACCCUGACCUCAUCACUAUAGUGAAUGGAGUGUUCUCCUAGUCUAGUCUUGAUUGCCGGCAAUGCAGAAAGACCAUGAUCAAAGUGGCCUUGCUGGAUCCUCUUCCCUCACCUCCACCCCCCAUAGUGUAUAAGACCCUUAUAAUGAGCUUUUCAUCCCAUUCAGAUCCACUUCUUUUUGGACUCUGUUGCAAUGAUGGUUGGCACCUUUUGGGACUGGGGGGGGUGAAAAGCAGAGGGCCAAACAGUAGGUGGAGCCAGAGCCCAAUAAUCCUAGUUUUGUCUCCAUCCUCCUCCCUGCUGAGUUCUGUAAGGGCAACACUGAGGGCUUAUCCACAUGGGAGGAUUUCUUUGUAGCAAAUACACAGCUUUUACCAUCAUAAUAGAUUUGCAAGGACCACACUUCAUGCUCAAUGGCAGCUUCAAAUCUGUUGUUUUCCAUUCACACAAGCAGGCGUUCCUCUGGGAAGGAUUAGUGUCGCUGUUUCCCUGUGGCCCCACCCUCUAAUUUUACAUUUUUACUCCCUCCGGUUGCUCAGUUGCUGACAUGUGCAGAUAUUUUUGACUUGAGCAGUAUUUCCACUCACUCCUGCCCCCCCCACUUCCUAACGUUUGAUGGUUGAAAAGAAGUGGGGUCAUCUGCUCCCUCUUUCUCU